UAACAAAUAAGCAUUGAGUAGCUCUUUUGAAUCCAAUCCACUAGCUUUUCUUCUACUUUUCUCCCAUUUCCAAAUCUCAAAAAAGCUUUUGCCUUCUCCUCCAAAACCUUACAUCAUUAUGGUUGCUGGAUGGAGAAAAGCAUUUCACACAUCCAAAGAUAAAGACUCCAUCUCCAAAGUGUUGGUAGAGACAAACCCCCAACAUUUGGACUUCAACAACAUCAAUGGAAGUCCUCAAAACAACCUCCGUUGUCGAACCUCUGACUCCAAUUCAUCCCUAGACAACAAAAGCAACAACAGUCCCAAGUGGUCAUUAUCAUCAUCCCCUAAUUCUCCAUCAUCUUAUUACACUCUUCUCAAAUCUACCUUAGGCCUUUCCAAAAGUUUAUGUGGAAUUUGUUCACAGAGUGUAAAAACUGGUGAAGGAAAAGCAAUUUUCACAGCGGAAUGUUCUCAUGUUUUUCACUUUCCAUGCAUAGCAGCUCACGUGAAAAAUCAACAAAUCGUCACGUGCCCUGUAUGCGGAACUAACUGGAACGACCUUCAACCAGAGAAUACUGCACGUAGCGUCAAAACGACGACGUCGUUGAAGCUCCCAAACUACAACGACGACGAGCCACUCUUGUCGUCUACCUUCGUUUCACGAUUCAACACGAUACCUGAAUCAGAUGAAAACGAAGAAGAACAACAACAAGAACAAGAAGGAGAAGAAGAUGAAGAAAACAAAGAAACUAUUGAAUUUCAAGGCUUCGGUGUUUCUUCAACUAGAACGUUUGAUGCGUUCUUGUUACCAGAGUCUGCGCUUAUGGCAUCUAACAAGAGUUUCAAGACUUUGAUUGCAGUGUUAAAGGUGAAGGCAAAGCCGUGUAAUGCGGUGGCGAAUCGGCCGCCGGUGGAUCUCGUGACGGUGCUAGAUAUCGGUUGUUCUGUUUCCGGUGAAGAUUUUUUGAUGCUGAAACAUUCAAUGCAAGUUGUGAUCUCUUCGCUCGGUUCAUCUGAUCGUCUCUCGGUUGUUACAUUCUCCGGCGGAUCCAAACGGUUGUUUCCGUUAAGGAGGAUGACCGGCCGCGGUCGUAGAUCGGCGCGUCGCAUUGUAGACGCGCUUGUUGCUAAUGAGGUGAGCAGCGAUGAAGCCCCGGCGAGGAAGGAGGCGGUGAUGAAAGCAGCGAAAAUUUUAGAAGAUCGCCGGCAGAAGAAUCCUGUUACCAAAAUUAUACUCCUUACAAACAGUUACGAAGAUAGAAGAUUAACUUCCACGCGCUUCUCAAAUUUGGAAAUCCCGGUUCACGCUCUUAAUUACUCACGCGCAGUUUAUGACAGCGCGUUUACGGAACGCGUCGGGAAUUUGUUACGCGUGGUUGCUCAAGACAUCAAGUUCGAAUUCCAUAACACAAUUUCCGGGGAGAUCUCCGCCGUUAAAUCACCGUAUUCCGCCACGCUCGGAGAUAUCCACGCGGCAGAGGAGCGUGAGUUGGUUGUUGAGUUAAAAGUGCCUUCAUCUCAUGGGUCCCACAGCCACGUUCUUUCCGUACGGUCCUCAUAUCGUGACCCUUUUACACAAGAGUUUGUUCAUUCCAAGGAGCGUAUGAUUAGUACUCCACGCGCCCUCCCCGUUGGAUCGUUAGACUCUAAGAUCAAACGGUUGAUACGACUACACGUCAGCACUCGCACUCGAGCGAACGCUGACGUGAAGAAACCUAAUCCCGAAACGCCUCAGGAAUGGUUGCGAAGACUUCAAGCCGAAGAAAAGGUUGAGCCAUUUACGCCGAUAUCUGCUUGGAAAGCAGCUGAGAAGCUUGCUAAAGUGGCUAUGAUGAGAAAGUCUAUGAAUAAAGUGAGUGAUUUACAUGGCUUUGAGGAUGCAAGAUUUUAAAUGUAUUUUUCUUUAGUUUAUUGUCGGUAAAAGUAUAUUAAAUAAAAAUUUGUAAUAAUGAAAAUAAUUCAAAUAAUGAAAAUGAAAAAAAUGAAAAAAAUGAAGAAAAUGAGAAAAGCAUAGAUGAAAUUGGUCCAUGAGUCAUGAUAGGACAAGAAGCACCAAACGGCUAGGCCCUUUUGUGAAUAGAAAAGAAAUAGAUUGGGAUGGGCAAGUGAGAUUGGAGUAUAAAUUAUUGGAGAUAGUUUUUGUCUUUUUGGUUUGAAAUGAAUGUAUAAUUGAAGCUGGUGUUGGGUCUCAUCAAAAGAAAAUGUUAAAAAUUA